CGGACUCUCUUUCCGGAUGUGAACGGAUGAACUUUCUCUCCUUUCCUUCUCUCUUUUUCUCGCUCUCUGUUCCCGGCUCGCCGGCCGUUGAUUGCAGCAACAAGGAAGCAAGAUGGCGGCGGCGGGCGGAGAUUGCGACGUGAUUAUGGCGCCUGCGGCGGCAACACCAGUGGUGGCUUCGCAUUCGGAGGCGCCGGCGAUGUUGAGCGACGACGACGAGGAGGACGCGGGGACGCGCCGGGAAGCGGAGACCUACAAGGAGCAAGGAAAUGCCUUGUAUGCCAAGAAAGACUACAAUGAAGCGUACAACUACUAUACAAAAGCCAUAGAUACAUGUCCUAGCAAUGCCAGUUACUAUGGGAACCGAGCUGCCACGCUCAUGAUGCUGGGAAGAUUCCGGGAGGCUCUCGGGGAUGCCCAGCAGUCUGUCAGGAUGGAUGAUAGCUUUGUGAGGGGACAUCUGCGGGAGGGAAAGUGCCACCUAUCUCUGGGGAAUGCCAUGGCUGCCAGCCGCUGCUUUCAACGAGUUCUAGAACUGGAUCAUAAAAACACACAGGCUCAGCAAGAGCUGAACAAUGCCAGAACUGUCCUACAGUAUGAGAAAAUUGCUGAAGUUGAUUUUGAAAAACGGGAUUUUCGAAAGGUUGUCUUUUGCAUGGAUCGUGCUCUGGAAUUUGCCCCCGCUUGCCACCGGUUCAAAAUCCUCAAAGCAGAAUGCUUAGCAUUGCUGGGCCGCUAUCCUGAAGCACAGUCAGUUGCCAGUGACAUCUUGAGAAUAGAUUCUACAAAUGCUGACGCUCUUUAUGUCCGAGGGCUUUGCCUUUACUACGAGGACUGUAUUGAGAAGGCUGUGCAGUUCUUCGUCCAGGCGCUCAAAAUGGCUCCUGACCACGACAAGGCCUGUCUUGCCUGCCGUAACGCCAAAGCAUUGAAAGCAAAGAAGGACGACGGCAACAAGGCCUUCAAGGAAGGGAAUUACAAGCUAGCUUUUGAACUUUAUACAGAAGCCCUGGCAAUAGACCCAAAUAACAGGAAAACGAAUGCCAAACUCUACUGCAACCGUGGAACAGUUAACUCAAAGCUUAGGAAGCUGGAUGAAGCAAUAGAAGACUGCACAAAUGCCAUCAAACUGGACGACACCUACAUCAAAGCCUAUCUGAGAAGAGCACAGUGUUACAUGGAUACAGAGCAAUAUGAAGAUGCUGUGAGGGAUUACGAAAAGGUUUACCAGACAGAGAAAACAAAAGAACACAAGCAGCUACUCAAGAAUGCACAGAUAGAACUUAAGAAAAGCAAGAGAAAAGACUAUUACAAGAUUCUGGGCGUGGACAAGAAUGCCUCUGAAGAUGAGAUCAAAAAGGCAUAUAGGAAACGGGCCUUAAUGCAUCAUCCAGACCGGCACAGUGGUGCAAGUGCUGAAAUCCAAAAGGAGGAAGAAAAAAAAUUCAAGGAAGUUGGUGAAGCCUUUACCAUCCUCUCAGAUCCAAAGAAGAAGGCCCGUUAUGACAGUGGGCAGGAUCUUGAAGAAGAUGGCAUGAAUAUGGGAGAUUUUGAUGCCAAUAAUAUCUUCAAGGCUUUCUUUGGAGGGCCUGGAGGCUUCAGUUUUGAAGCUUCUGGACCAGGAAAUUUCUUCUUCCAGUUUGGCUAAGCUGCAGAAGAGGUUCAUCUCAUCUACUGAAACCCACACUUUACCUGACCUGCUUUUUUAAAUCCCGAGUUACGUUCUCCCUUCAUCUCAUCUCGCCGUUUCUUAGGGCUGUGAUGUUUUCUCCAUUGGAGACCUCAGUUUUUUGUGUGUGCUUUAGAGUGUGACAAGAAAACCAGCACGUGGAAAGAAGGGGAAGGGACAGUGAAGGAAUAAACUUUUUGUUUGUUUGUUUUAUUGUUAACUUUAUUAAAGGAGAGAGAAAAUCUUUUGAUUCCUCCAUGAUAAGUAAUUUCAGGCUCCCAUGCUGCUGGGAUUUAACUUGGGGAAUCCUCAUCUUCUGAUAAUGGCCUGAGACUUUUCUCAAGUGCAGCUGGACACAACAUGCCUUCAGUAAGUAGGAGGAAAGCCUAUGUAGGUUUUUCUCGUUUUGGUUUCAUCACGCUGGCACUGCACCAUAUUCAGAAAGAUAUUCAGACACUUGAGAAAGGCAGAGAGAUUAAAAUCCAUGGCAUCACUCUGGAGAUUCACCUGUGGCAUAAGGAGGAAUACCUUCAUAGCACUGGUUGUAAUUUUAAAGAUUCUUUCAUUUGAGGGACAGUAUCUUUUUGUUUCCAGAUUCUUGAGUACUUCAGGGAAAUGGCAAGGGCUGAUUCCAGACACAGAUCUCAUUUUGAUGGCAACCCUCCCCGCAACUCGACUUGUAAAAACUUGCUCCAUUGAAAAGUGCAUGGUAAUAGGUGUGACAGAAUCUGUAUGUGGUGCUGAAACUGCAGUGGCCAUUUCACACAUGCAAGCCAUCAGUUGAUGUCACAGUCACAGUUCAUACAUGUUCAUGCGAAUCUACUCAUUUAAGUAUUGAAACUUGUUCUCCAACAUAAUGAUUGAGAUCUCAAGAAUACAUUUCUGGUUGAGAAAAGAAGUUUCAAGAUUGACAAAGAAUGUGUUGUGCCUUUGAAAGAAAAAAAUAGCAUUAUUCGGGGGAGAAGGCUUCCAUGUCUUACAGCAUGUUAAAGUGUUGCUUGUUAUCUCCAGGCACAAAUCACCAAGAGAUGAGUUCAUAAUAUUCUGGGUUCAUCUUUGUAUUAGCGAAACAUCAAUUUUCUGAGUUGAAUGCCUUGUUUUGAGCUUACCUGAUGACUCAUUUGGCAAGAUGACAAGUUAAAAGUAGUAACAACAAAAUUGUUGAUUAUUGUAUUUGCUUUUAGGUUUUUCCUGUGCCUAGUAUUAACAAGUACACUGACCACCCCCAAGUACCUACUUCCAUUAUACCUCUUCAUUUGUUGUUCGCUCUCUGAUUUUCUUCACAGAAGCAGGACCUCAUAAGCAAAUGUUUGACUUUGUCUACCAUUUCACAGUCUGAGGCAUUUUUACAUCUGCGUGUAAUUUUUAUUGUCCUAUACACUGGCAGUUUCUUCUGUCAUUAAAGCCCUGGAUGGCCACCA